CAGUUCCGGGAAACCCCGCGUGCUGCCGGGAUCGCGUCUCGGUCCGUGACGGGGGGGGGGGGGGGUGGCGCGCGCGCCAUUUCUAGUCGUUUUCAAAGCGCCUCGCGCUGGUUCUCACGGGCCCGGCCACCGGCCCCAGCUCUGCCCUGUUCAUCAGAAUUUGAGUUUUGCCUUGAGAAACAUUUAUCCACCCAGAGAUUAACCACGGAGUCUGCCUCUAUAUAGACAUUAGUGGCAUAAUAAAAUGGCUAAUCAGGUGAAUGGUAAUGCGGUACAGUUAAAAGAAGAGGAAGAACCAAUGGAUACUUCCAGUGUAAAUCACACAGAACACUACAAGACACUGAUAGAGGCAGGCCUCCCUCAGAAGGUGGCAGAAAGACUUGAUGAAAUAUUUCAGACAGGAUUGGUAGCUUAUGUCGAUCUUGAUGAAAGAGCAAUUGAUGCUCUCAGGGAAUUUAAUGAAGAAGGAGCUCUGUCUGUACUACAGCAGUUCAAGGAAAGUGACUUAUCACAUGUUCAGAACAAAAGUGCAUUUUUAUGUGGAGUUAUGAAGACCUACAGGCAAAGGGAGAAACAGGGGAGCAAGGUGCAAGAGUCCACAAAGGGACCUGAUGAAGCAAAGAUCAAGGCCUUACUUGAAAGGACCGGUUACACCUUGGACGUAACCACAGGACAGAGGAAGUAUGGCGGUCCCCCCCCAGACAGUGUGUACUCUGGCGUGCAACCUGGAAUCGGAACGGAAGUCUUUGUAGGUAAAAUACCAAGAGAUUUAUACGAGGAUGAAUUGGUGCCUCUUUUUGAAAAGGCUGGUCCCAUUUGGGAUCUGCGUCUUAUGAUGGAUCCACUGUCUGGUCAGAACAGAGGGUAUGCAUUCAUCACCUUCUGUGGAAAGGAAGCCGCGCAGGAAGCUGUUAAACUGUGUGACAGCUAUGAAAUUCGCCCUGGUAAACACCUUGGAGUGUGCAUUUCAGUGGCAAACAACAGGCUUUUUGUUGGAUCAAUUCCGAAGAAUAAGACUAAAGAAAACAUUCUGGAAGAAUUCAGUAAAGUCACAGGUUUAACAGAGGGUUUGGUGGACGUUAUUCUCUAUCAUCAACCCGAUGACAAAAAGAAGAAUCGGGGGUUCUGCUUCCUUGAGUAUGAGGAUCACAAGUCAGCAGCACAAGCCAGACGCCGGCUGAUGAGUGGAAAAGUAAAAGUGUGGGGAAAUGUAGUUACAGUUGAAUGGGCUGACCCUGUGGAAGAACCAGACCCAGAAGUCAUGGCUAAGGUGAAAGUUUUAUUUGUGAGAAACUUGGCUACUACAGUGACAGAAGAAAUAUUGGAAAAGUCAUUUUCUGAGUUUGGAAAACUUGAAAGAGUGAAGAAGUUGAAAGAUUAUGCAUUUGUUCAUUUCGAAGACAGAGGAGCAGCUGUUAAGGCCAUGGAUGAAAUGAAUGGCAAAGAAAUAGAAGGGGAAGAAAUUGAAAUAGUCUUAGCCAAGCCACCAGACAAGAAAAGGAAAGAGCGCCAAGCUGCUAGACAGGCCUCCAGGAGUACUGCGUAUGAAGAUUAUUACUAUCACCCUCCUCCUCGCAUGCCACCUCCAAUUAGAGGUCGGGGUCGUGGUGGGGGGAGAGGUGGAUAUGGCUACCCUCCAGAUUACUAUGGCUAUGAAGAUUACUAUGAUGAUUACUAUGGUUAUGAUUAUCACGACUAUCGUGGAGGCUAUGAAGAUCCCUACUACGGCUAUGAUGAUGGCUAUGCAGUAAGAGGAAGAGGAGGAGGAAGGGGAGGGCGAGGUGCUCCACCACCACCGAGGGGGCGGGGAGCACCACCUCCAAGAGGUAGAGCUGGCUACUCACAGAGGGGGGCACCUUUGGGACCACCAAGAGGCUCUAGGGGUGGCAGAGGGGGUCCUGCACAACAGCAGAGAGGCCGUGGUUCCCGUGGAUCUCGGGGCAACCGUGGGGGCAAUGUAGGAGGCAAGAGAAAGGCAGACGGGUACAACCAACCUGACUCCAAGCGCCGUCAGACCAACAACCAACAGAACUGGGGUUCCCAACCCAUCGCUCAACAGCCGCUUCAGCAAGGUGGUGACUAUUCUGGUAACUAUGGUUACAAUAAUGACAACCAGGAAUUUUAUCAGGAUACUUAUGGGCAACAGUGGAAAUAGACAAGUGAGGGCUUGAAAAUGAUAUUGACAAGAUACGAUUGGCUCUAGAUCUACAUCCUUCAAAAAAAAUUGGCUUAUCUGUUUCAUCUUUAAGUAGCAAUUUGCUGCCAUUUGUAUUUGGCUGAAGAAAUCACUAUUGUGUAUAUACUCAAGUCUUUUUAUUUUUUCCUCUUUUCAUAAAUGCACUUGGACAUUAUUGGGCUUGCAGAGUUCCCUUUCUGGGAGUUACAAUGCUUUUAUCGUUUCAGGCUUCAUUUUAGCUUCAAAACAAGCUGAGCACACUGUUAAAAUCAUGAUUUUGCAGAACCUUUGGUUUUGGACAGUUUCAUUUUUUGGAUUUGGGAUAGCUUACAUAGGGGUAUGGAGUAUGCUGUAAAUAAAAAUACAAGCUAGUGCUUUGUCUUAGUAGUUUGAAGAAAUUAAAAGCAAACAAAUUUAAGUUUUCUUGUAUUGAAAAUAACCUAUGAUUGUAUGUUUUGCAUUCCUAGAAGUAGGUCAACUGUGUUUUUAAAUUGUUAUAACUUCACACCUUUUUGAAACCUGCCCUACAAAAUUUGUUUGGCUUAAACGUCAAAGCCGUGACAAUUUGUUCUUUGAUGUGAUUGUAUUUCCAAUUUCUUGUUCAUGUAAGAUUUCAAUAAAACUCAAAAAUCUAUUCAAAACA